CAGUCAAGCCUAACGACGCAAAGUCGUCGCAACGUCUAGAAAUUUAAACUUUAUUUAUACGCGGUAAUUUUAAAUGAUUGACUUUCAUGGAAUGUACUUGGAUUGUCGAGUAGGUACUAGAAGGCAAAAAUGUACGAACCCGUCCUAACCAAAUGCCUGUCGACGACGAAAAUAAAACCAACAAAAUAUCCAAGUUUUACACAAAUCAAUAAUUUCCGUAACAUGGAUUUGGACAAUUACCUCAGCGAAGACGAUUUCGGUAAUAAUAACGGUAAAGAGACGAUUCCGCCAUUGAAGCCCCCUAGGAAAUUUCAAAGGAGAUUGAGCUUGAGGAAUUCGUUUCCUGGUGAGAAAUCCAAUAAAAUGAAAAACAGUGAAUUGUACGUGGACGUGGACCACAUUCAUGUAGGCCUAACUAAUUCAAUUAAAACCGAACCCGCUAUUGUCAAUGCAGCAGUACAGACCUCACAUUUGGUACCAUACAGAUUAAGAUUCUGGCCAAAGACAGAUUGCGAUUUCAAAUUGAGCCCCUCAGAAACGAGUUGCAGCUUGAAGUUAAAGUGCUGCUUUAAAAUUGUCUCCCAGUGGUUGCUGUCGCAAAUCGGUCUUACUAUUGUUGUGAUAAUAUGGGCUUUAAUUGGUGCUUAUGCUUUUUAUAAUACUGAAGGACCACGAGAACAACAACAAACUCAAACCUUGGCAAAAAUUCAAAGAGACUUAUCCACUGAAUUGGCGACAUAUUUAAGUAACUCAGAUCACGUGGAUGCCUGGCCCGACAUGAUCCACAAAUACUUUGAAAAGCACGAGACCUUCUUUUUGGAAGCAGUCGGUGCUGGAUUCGGUGAAGGUGGCGGCGGCAACAUUUGGACUUAUCCCGGAUGCAUUUUGUUUAGUGUUUCGUUACUGACAACGCUGGGAUUUGGUGCACCAGUGCCGAGAACACCUUUGGGCAGAGGCACCGCGGUUUUGUUUGCUUUAGUUGGUAUUCCUCUACAUUUUCUUUUAGUCUUAAAUCUGGCUAAUUUGACAUCGGUCAAGCUACAGCAACUGGCCCUUGGUCCUAGCUUAUCGGAACAACCAAAAUGGCUUAAAUGGUUUCCGUUUGUCUCUUUACUAGUUUUCUAUCUGCUAGGGGUGGGUUUGUUUGGGUUUGUAAGAGGUAGAGACGUUUUACACUCAUUCAUGUUCCCUUUGGACUUCACUGCUAGCGGUGGAGUGGCUAGUGUUGCAGGAACAGUUAGAAUUUUAUAUGCUUUAUAUUUGGAAGUAGCUGUUACUUUAGCUGCAUUAACUGUUAGCUUGAUACAAGCUUCGGCUAGUAAGGGAAUCGUUGAUAUAGGAUUGAGGUGGGGUUUAUUAACAAAUACUUGAAUCAUUUUACAGAGCUAGUUUUUUGCGGAUUUUUGCUUGCUCAGCUACUUCUGAAAUAUGGCAUAUAUAUUAUCAAAACACCAGUUUUUUGGAAAAUUUCUUAUGUAAGUAUUUGCCAUUUGGUAUUCACUCCUGUGUGUGCGCACAAGAUUACUUAAUUGUAAGAUUAUACGAAAAAUCACGUACAGGGUGUUCCAUCGACGAUCGACGUUAAAACAUUGGAAAUAGCUAUCGGAGUAUCAAAAAUGCGACUAUUCCAAAAAUCGUACAAAAAACAAGAUGUUCCAUUUAAAAACCAGUUCAUCCAUGGCGUAGAGUCCGCGUCAAGAGAAAAAAGUACGGUGACGACAAGUGUGCACAAACCCAAUUUUGAACGCUAGCCGAACUAUCCUAUUGAUAGUUUAUUUCCUAUCUAAAUUUUGUCUAAAAAGAUAUCCGCUGCUGGUUUUUCGUCUCGGUAGACCCGAGAGAGGAAGAAGAGGGACAGAUCCGACGCGUUUCGCGCAGCUUAGCGCGUCGUCACCGUACUCUUUUCUCUUGACGCGGGCUCUAACUGUUUGAUUUUUGAUUCAAAUGUUUUUUUGGUGCCAUUUUUGAAUUGUCCAGAAAAAAAAUAUAUGUAUUUCAAUUGGCUAUUUUGAAUUUUUUCAAAAAUACAGGUAAUGUCAAAAAUAAGCCCCUGAUGUUCAGUCCUCGUUGGAAUACUCUGUACCUAUUUGAUUUGUUAUAAAGUGAUGUUUUAUUGUUAAAACUAUUUAUUAUACCUAUUUAAGCUCAAUAUUUAUUUUAUUUAUUUAUUGUUUUUAAAGAGUUCCUAUUAUAAUUCUUACUUUUGUAUCAAAAUGAAACAACUAAAAGAAUCCCUUUUAACUAUGACGAAACAAUUAAAAAGUUUUUUGUCUAUUUUUUUAUCGCCUAAUAAAAAUUGAACAAACCAACAGUGAGAUUUAUUUAAUUGCAUCCCUUCUUUUGCAUUACUUUGUGGAUGCCAUUAAAGCUUAUUUUCUCAGAAACCACGAGCCUGGAGCGUGAAGAGUUUUUUGUUUUUUUUACCAAAUUUUUGAAAUCCGUCCAAUUUUCAAAUUUGUAUCAAAAGUAUUAAAAUCAGAA